AUGUCUGUGCUUGUAGACUUUCUUAUACUUACAGCUAAAGUAUUUGGCCACAUCAUCCAUGCUCUGUUUCGGUGGGUAAAGAAACCUGCAGAGAAAAUAGUCACUAAUGAAAUCUGCUUGAUAACAGGUGCAGCCAGCCCAACUGGCAUUGGUAGGUUUUUUGCCCUGGAAUUUGCCCGACGAGGAGCAACACUUGUUUUGUGGGAUAUAGACACCGAAGGCAAUGAAAAUGCAGCCAGGGAAGUUCGCAAGCUGGGAGCGAAGGCUUACAUUUAUACUUGCGAUGUGAGCCGGAAGGAAGAAGUCUAUAGUGUUGCCGAGAAUGUGAGAAAGGACGUGGGCAAUGUCACAAUCUUGGUCAACAAUGCUGGCAUUGUAGCUGGAAAGCCCAUCUUACAGUGUCCUGACGAACUGCUGGAAAGAACCAUGAGGACUAACUGCCAUGCUCACUUUUGGACAGUCAAGGCUUUCCUUCCACAAAUGAUGAAGAGAGAUCAUGGCCACAUUGUGACAGUCGCAGGAUCAUUUGGACUUUUUGCAACAGGUUGUCUGGAGGGCUACUGCGCUAGCAAGUUUGCUGUGAUUGGAUUCCAUGAAGCUCUUAGCCAUGAGCUGAAAGCCAAGAGAGUCAGUGGUGUGAAGACUACCCUCGUUUGCCCAUUUUUCACGGACACUGGCAUGUUUAGUGGCUGUAGAAUCAGGCAAGAACUGGAAGGCCUACUCUCUCCCUUAAGGCCAGACCAUUUUGUGAAAUCAGCAGUGCACAGAAUACUUCAGAAUCAGCACGUGAUCUACGUCCCCAGAAUGCUGUACCUUGUGGCCAUUUUUAAAAAUCUCCUUCCUUGGGAUGUUCAAGUUCUUAUUCAAAAACUCCUGGGACUGGACAAAUGUAUUCCACGAAAAGCUAAAUAAAUUGUCACCAUUAAGCAGCUGGAAGGUGAAAAGGAUGAAAAGUAUUGUCCUUUUGCAUCACAGCUUCGGUAGCAAGAUUCCCGAUUCUAAA